AUGGCUUUACAUGAAGCUUUAAUAGCUUUACAAACUGGAUGUAGUGGUUUAUUAACAUUAAAACAAGAUGAUCCUUAUUUUAAAAAACGUCUUCCAACAAUUCCAUAUGUUCAUCAAGGUGAAUUAGAAAUUUUAGAUCGACUUACACAACUUGGUCAACAUUAUCGUACACUUGAUGAAUAUAUUCAAAAUAUUUUUAAAGAUAAAAAAAGUGGUUUAUAUAUAUUAAGUUUUGCUUUUGAAUUACGUUCAAUUCUUCAAACAUAUCUUAAUUGUUUAAAACAACUUGAACAUGAAUGUCUUAUUGAUACAUCAUUAACAUUAUCACAUCUUUUAAUAUCAUUAACUGAUUAUAAUCUUUUAUUUCCUUCACUUGUUUCAUUAAUAAAUAAACUUCAAACAAAUGGUUAUCGUGGUUGUCAAAUUCUUGAUAUUAUACGUCGUUAUACAUUAGAUGGUAAUAUAAUACUUUCAUCAACAAUGAAAAAAUUAUUAUGUUCAUGUCAUAAAAUAUUUAUUAAACAAAUAACAUCAAUAUUAACACGUGGACAAAUUUAUGAUGAAUAUGAUGAAUUUUUUAUUGGAUUAAAUAAUAAUAUUAAUAUUGAAGCUAUGGGUAUGACAACACCAAGUAUAUCACGUAUGACAUCAACAAUAACAAGUCGAUCACAUUCACCAGAUAGAGAUAAACAAUUUAAUUUACAAAUGCCUCAACAAAAUCCUACAAUAACACCUGGUUAUAGUCAAUAUCAAUUAAUACCUGAUAUGCUUCCAUCAUAUAUUCCACUUCAAUUAGCUGAUAAAAUUUUAUUUAUUGGUGAAUCAUGGCUUAUAUUAAAAACAAAUGAUGAAGAUAAUGAUAAAAAUUUUUUAUCAAUAAAUUCAAUUGAUUAUGAUGAACAAAAUCAUCGUGUACAACAACAAUUAUAUGCAUUAACACUUUCGGAUGAUUUUAAUAUAUUUGAAUUAGAACGUAUUAUUGAAUAUACAAGAAUUGAUUUAUCAUUAACAUUAAGAAAUUUAUUUGUUGAUCGUUUUCAUUUAUGUAAUGAACUUGAACAAAUUCGAGGUUUUUAUUUAAUUGAACAUGGUGAACUUUUUUCAUUAUUUGUUAAUCGUACAAAUCAAUUAUUAUUAAAUAUUAAAAAAUCUACAAAUGCUAUUGAAAAUGAUAUAAAUGAAAUUUUUAAACAAUGUUUAAAUGAUUUACAUUUAGAAACUAUAUUAACAAAUGUUGAUAAAUUUAAAUUUAAACUUAAUUUUUCACAUAAUGAUAAUUCUACACAAGAAACAAGUACAGGAUGUCGUCGUUUAUUAUCUCGAGUUCAAGGUAUAUCAGAUAAUUCUAAUAAUUCGUUUGAUUUUUGGUCAUGUGGUUGGGCAAAUUUAUCAAUUCAAUAUAAUGUUAAAUAUCCAAUGAAAGCAUUUUUUAGUGAAAAUUCCAAACAACGUUAUAAUGAUAUAUUUCAUUUAUUAAUUAUUUUACGUUAUGUUCAAAAUGAAUUAAAUAAUUUAUGUACUGAUUUUCAAAAAAUUAAAUAUUUACAUGAAGUAUUUUUAUCUGAUAUUCAACAACAUUCAUUUAUGCUUUUAGCCACAGCAUAUCAAUCAAUAAGAAAUAUUUUAUCAAUAUGUGUUUCAUUUUGUUUAACAGCAAAACAACAAGAAAAUAAUAAUAAUUUUGAUGAAAAUAUUUUACGACAAUUUGGACGAGAUUUUAAUGAUGAAAUAAGACUGUUAUUUGGAAUAUUAGGAAUGGUUCAAAAACAUAAUGCUUUACCACAUUUAGGUGUUUUCUUAACAAGACUUGAUUUCAAUAGAUUUUUAACAAAUAAUAAUGGAUCAUUUGGAGAAUUCUAA